CACCUCAUGCAUCCCUCCAUGACAAAUCCUGCUUACUCAGCUUGCAGCAAGCAAGUCUUCCUACCCCUCUUCUACCCUCUAGCUAGCUAGCUUUCUCGAUCCCCCAUAUAUACAACACACACCAGCAAAAAGAAGGAGCAGCCAAAACCUCAUACUAGAUCUAGCUAAUUCUAGAUCUUCCUGGUUUGAUUGGUUGCAAUUUCAUGGCGCACAAGAUCCACGGCAUCAUGGUGAAGAAGACAACUAAUUAAUCAAGAAAGCUUUGCUAGCCACCAAGAAGAAGAAGAGAAGAUCAAGAAAGGAAGCACAGAUCAGUUAGGUUAGGUGGAGAUGGCCAACAGGUGGUGGGACGAAGGCCGGCUGACGGAGGCGCCGCCUUCAUCAGGCCUCGCCGGCAACCACAACCACCAGCAGCAGCUGGAGGACGCCAUGGCGGCUCCCAAGGUGGACGGGGAGAGCAACCACAGCGGCGGAGGGAGCGGGCAGGAGCAGGACGACGAGCCCAAGGAGGGCGCGGUGGUGGUGCCGGCCAACCGGCGCCCGCGCGGCCGCCCCCCGGGCUCCAAGAACAAACCCAAGCCGCCCAUCUUCGUCACGCGCGACAGCCCCAACGCGCUGCGCAGCCACGUCAUGGAGGUGGCCGGCGGCGCCGACGUCGCCGAGUCCAUCGCGCACUUCUCCCGCCGCAGGCAGCGCGGCGUCUGCGUGCUCAGCGGCGCCGGCACCGUCGCCGACGUCGCCCUGCGCCAGCCCUCCGCCCCCGGCGCCGUCGUCGCGCUCCGCGGCCGCUUCGAGAUACUCUCCCUCACCGGCACCUUCCUCCCCGGGCCCUCGCCGCCCGGGUCCACGGGCCUCACCGUCUACCUCGCAGGCGGACAGGGGCAGGUGGUCGGGGGCAGCGUCGUGGGCGCGCUCACCGCCGCCGGGCCCGUCAUGGUGAUCGCGUCCACCUUCGCCAACGCCACGUACGAGCGGCUGCCGCUGGACGACGCCGAGGAGGAUCACCAUCAGCUCGACGCCACCCGCAGGCACGGCGCCCCCGGCGCUGGUGCUCCACUUCCUCCGAUGAUGGCCGGCGACCCCUCCGCCGCGGGGAUGCCGAUGUACGGCGUGCCGCCGAACCUGAUGCCGGGAGGUGGCGGGCACGCGGCGCCGGAAUGGGCGGCGCAUGUACGGCCGCCCUACUAGCUACCUACCUGCUAGCAUCAAUCAGUCAGGACUUCAGGAGUCGUCCAUGUGUCGACCUCUCCGAGCAUCAUCAAGAUCAGAUCUUCAACAAAAUCCAUCCUACCAAUAACUAGAGAACUUGCAUUGCAUAUACAUCUAGCAGCUGGUAAUUAAUUAACUAGAAUCUCUGCUUAAUUUGCUUUGCUUAUUAUCUGUGAAAAAUCAUCUGGAGUUACAAAUGUAUGAGGAAUUAUAAAUUAGCUCCUUUUACUGCCUGCA